GUGCAGUGCGCAAAUUCUAGCCACAUUUAGCUUUAUUCCACUUGUAAUUUUGAAUAGUCACCUUCUGCACCAGUGAGUGUAAAGGCGGCAUUGCGAUCAAUUCCGUUUCACAAUAGCUCCAGCAAAAAUGAAGCCUGUUGUUUUGGUUGUUUUAACCUUGGCUGUUUUCACAACAGCUGAGCAACUACAUUGCAAGCCAAAGUCUGCCAAUAUUCCAACUGAUUGGCUCGACAUGGUUGAUCCAUGUGUGAAAAAAAUGAAAAGCCAAAUACAGGAGGAACUGAAAGCUUCACUCCAAUAUCUGGCAAUGGGUGCCUAUUUCUCCAAGGACACUGUCAACAGACCAGGAUUUGCCAAAAGCUUCUUUGAAUCAGCUAGUGAAGAAAGGGAACAUGCCAUCAAAUUGAUUUCAUAUCUUUUGAUGAGAGGAGGUCUCACCAAGGAUGUUAGAUCUUUGAUCAGAAAGAACGUGCCAGUAACCAAAACAUCGUGGUCUAAUGGAGUAGAAGCUCUUAAGGAUGCUUUGAUACUGGAGGCCUCAGUCACCAAGAAAAUCAGAGAUGUCAUCAAAGUCUGUGAAAGCCCUAAUGGAAACAACUUCAACGACUAUCACCUUGUUGAUUAUUUGACUGGUGAUUUCUUGGAAGAACAAUACAAGGGCCAAAAGGAAAUUGCCACCAAGAUUUCCAUCCUGGACAAACUAAUGGAUCAACAUGGCCCACUUGGAGAGUUCCUGUUUGACAAAAAAUUGCUCAAUGGGGAAUUGUAAAUCAGUUUAAGCUUGUAUAUUUACUGUAGAUAUGUUUCAUUCCUGUACACAACAUAAUCAACUUUUGUGAUAUUUCAAGUUUGUUUUGUAUUUCAUAGAAAAUAAUAUGUAACUAAUUUGUUUCAAUAAAUUCAAUAAAAACGUAUUUUUCGUA